AUGUCACACGUUACUAAGAAUGAGAUUCGAGAAGCGUUUGCUGGAUUUGGUAGAAUGACGGAUGUGUUCAUUGGGCUGAGAAAAGGAAAAAACGGAAAAUACUAUGUCUUUAUCAGGUAUGUGGACGUUAAAAAUGUAAGAGAAAUGGAGAGGAAGCUUGAUGGCACCAUGGUUCGAGGAAGAAGACUAGAGGUGAAUGUGGCGUUACAUAAAAGAAAAGAAAUUCCAGGUAUGACUAAGAAUGAAAAUCAAGGUCAUAACAAUAGACGCAGUAGUGCUUUCAUUCCUAAAAAAUCACCAGGCGGGUGGGGUUUCAGAGAUCAAAGAACAUUUGCAGAAGUGGCUGGUCGAGGAAGGAAUGAUGUCCAUAAUUCCCCCCCCCCCCCCAUCACAACCCUCUACUCCCCCAUACAUAAUCCUACAAAAUGA